UAUAUAAGAGUCGAGGUAUGCCGGUCGUAUGGUUAGUUUACGCGAAUAUCUAUGCCUAGUAUCAGGCAUUCUUAAGUUGUAACGAAAGUCAUCCGAACUUUGGAUAUCUGAUUCGGCAAGAUGAAAAUUUUUGUUGGACUUUGUUUGCUGGUGGUCAUUGCGACUUGCAGGGGAGAUUACGUUAAAUUUUUCGAAAAAUGCACCAAAGAAAAAAAUACUUUCGACUGUUUGAAAAAACGUGCGCUCGACGUUUUAGAAAGGGCUGUUGAGGAUGAUACGGUUUAUGUUGUUAAUGAUUAUGUGUCGAUCGCAAGAGACCCAAAAGUCAUUCCUGAUAUCAUUCAGAGGUCCAGUGGGGAGAAUGACACUGCUUUGAGCUUGGAUGAUAAGCUUGACAGGAAGCUACAUGAGUAUUUGGCUUCCAGAAGCAUCAAACUGACCAUUCCUGGAGGAGUUAUUGAAGGACGGGGUAAGAAGAAAGAUAAAGGUGGAUAUGGAGGCGCUUUGAUGAUGGGAGGUCUUGCUAUGGCAGGUGUAAUGGCCCAAUUAGCAUACGCAAAAAUCGCCUUCUUAGCGGGUACAGCUCUUUUGACUGCGAAAAUAGCGUUAGUACUCAGCGCAAUAAUUGGACUGAAAAAAUUAGUCUCAAGCGGCGGCGGAGGUCAUGAAGUUAUCUACGCUACAGCCUCCGAUCCGCACGGUGGAUAUGGAGGAUGGUCUAGGUCUUUGGGAUCCUCGUAGAUAAUUCAAAAUACAGGGUGUCCCAAAAGUCACGGACGCCAUUGUAGCAUCUGAUGAAAAAAAUAAUUUUGAGACGAAAAGUCCUU